UGUUUGUUUUUUCAAACACUAGAUUGUUAUUUGAAUCGUUAAUUAUGUUCGCAGAUCAUUAAAAAUUUGAAAUGAUACUAUUUUUCAAAACACAAUUUUAUUUUUCUUAAAAUCCAGAAUUUAAAAUUAUCUUUCUUGGUUAGUGUUAAAAAGAGGUCGAUUUGUGGUAUAUUUUCUGUCUUUCAAUAACAUAGAAUUAGGAGCAGCGAGACACACUAGAAAAAGCUGUCUAUGGUUUAAGAUGAGAAAAAAGCGAUGGCACAGAAUUCGGAAACUCAGCUGGGUUAGUCCAACGUCUAACUCCAGGGGAGAAGAUAUUACAGGAGAAAGAAGGUUGUCUAAGACUGAUUUAUCAAUGGCUCGGGUUGAGACUGAAUCCAUAUCUCAAGAAAAACCUUCUCCAUGCAAAUCUUACCACACCAGGAUCAGACGAAUUGAUCCCCUGCUUGAGAAGCUACCGGAGAAGUUUAUAAACCCGGAAACAGGAGAGCUAACCCUGGAGAUUCUGCUCCCAACCGGUAUGCUCAUGAACCUGGUGGCUGAACCACAGAUCCUUGUUGAAACUUUGAAGGGAUUUAUCAUCGAUCAGAUUCUCAACAGCUCCGAGGGGUUUCCCCUCUCUGGUUUGAUGGUUGGGGACCCUGAUCUAUAUACUCUAUCCGCUAUAUCCAGGGAAGGGCUGCUAGAGGAGCUGGACGAUGAUAUAAGUUUAGAAGAUGUCAACCUAACCCAACCUAUUAUUAAGAUGUCGAAACUACAACAACACCAACUCGGAGAAAUCAGAGUCAAGAAAAUAGGAAUUUUGGUUGGAAAGAACUUGAGUCAGCUUGAGAACUUGCAAAAUACAGAAAUAAAAGAUUUUCGAUGGAGAUUACAGAUUUUUGUUCUUAGAAUUGCCCAGGAGAGGAAACAGCUGUUGGAGCAGGAUUGGAAGAAUAUACUCCGGUAUUAUUUCCCGCCCCGAAUCCGCGAAAAUGAGGUUGGAACUUUCUCCUCCCAGUUCUCUCCUCAGAUUGAGAGUAAACUUUAUCGGACUGGAAAUCAUCUUUGGAUUUCAGUUAUUAAAGAGAACGGAGCCCAAAUAAAGCUUAAAGUUUCAUCAGACAUUCUUCCUUCUCAGAUACUAGAGUUGUGUAAGGAAGAUAUCUCCAGCUGUCUAAAAAUCAACUGUAGAGAGGAGUUCUUAGUGAGAGAAUGUUCUCUUAUCAACUAUGAUACUUUAAGGGAUCUAUUCCUGCAGGGUUCGGAGAUAAUUCUCCUGGUGCGGACCCGGAGCAGUCUCUGUUUAGAUAUGGAACCGGAGAUUGUAGAUGAAGAUAUCUAUUCCGACUACCAACUCCGCUCUAAAAACAAGCUGGUGGAGGAAGUUCCCCGCAGUUUUAACUCUGUUUCCUCACUCCGGUUGCAGACAAGGUUUCUCCUACUCCUGGAUUGUCUCAUCCUUAAACCUGAACUCCAUAUGCUCAAACCUGAAGUUUACUCUGACCUUAAGCUAAGGAUCGGAGUUUAUCAUGGCAGGAAAUCCUUGUGCUCUGAAGUUAGUUUGAGUUUUGGAGAACGGGUAAAAACAAUGGUGGAUAAACAUGGAACUUUCUUCAAAUACGUUCUGGACCAGUGUGUUGAAUUAGAUAUCCUGGUGUCUAAUCUACCAAGAAUGGCACGGUUAUGUUUUGGACUUUACAGGGAGAGGAAAAGAAGAAUUUUACCGCUGGCCUGGGUUAACACGAAUAUCUUUGAUUAUAAAAGAGUUUUAAAAAAGUGUCUUACUCUCCACUUCUGGUCCUACUCAGACACCGAGUCAAUCCAUCCUUGUCAAUCAUCCGUCCUGCAACCAACCCUUUUAUCGGAGCAAAACAAGAACUUUAAGCUGGCGUCCUCUCUUGUCUUCAAGUUUGGAAACCAGAAGAAAGGAAACCUUGUCGAGUUUCCAAAUAAUAUUUCACAAGAAGAAAUACCGAGCAGUGAUGAACUCAAAAAACAAAAACUUCGGUCAGAAAAUCCGACUCAAUCUUCCCAAAAAGAAACAUUAAGAACAAAAGAACCCCGAAUAAGUUAUACGUCAAAGUAUCAGAAUGAACCUGGAGAUUCAGUUCCGAGAUCAGAGAACCCCAGAGAACCAAUCCUUCUCUGUAGAUCCGGAGAACCCAACCUUCUCUGUAAACCCGGAGAAUCCAACCUUCUCUGUAAACCCGGAGAAUACAACCUUCUCUGUAAUCCCGAAGAACCCAACCUCCCCUGUAGACCCGGAGAACCCAACCUUCUCUGGAAACCUCAAAGAAGAUCAUUGCUCCGGGAGGGUUCCGUUCUUGUUCCUCGUCUAAAAAUGAGUAAAACUUUUAACGAGGAGUUACAGAGGAUUGCAAGACGUGAUCAACAUCAUCAGAUGACGGAGCAGGAGAUGAUACUACUGCUUAGUUUGAAGGAUGAUUGUAGAAUGGAUCAUCCUAGAAUACUUCCAAGAAUAGUUGACUGUGUAGACUAUACUAACUACCAGCAAGUCAGGGAUCUCCAUGAUCUUCUGGAAAGAUGGCCACGGGUUCCAGUUGAGUGUGCUUUGCAACUUCUAGAUCAAUCUUACCCCGAUCAAAGGGUUCAUGAUUUUGCAGUUCAAUCACUCAGGGAAGGGUCAGAUGAGGAGCUGGAGAUGUAUCUGAACCAUCUUGUUCAAGCUGUUAAACAUCAGAACUUUUUCCAUAGUUCUCUAGUAGAGUUUCUUCUAGAGAGAACCCUGAAAAAUCAGAGAUUAGGACAUCAGUUCUUCUGGAUUCUCCGGUCUCAGAUCCGUCCUGACUCCGCAGCUCUGAAACUCCCACUAGUUCUAGAAGCAUAUCUUCUAGGAGCUCCAGGGCAUAUGAGAAUACUAGAGAAACAACGUGAUUUUCUCCGAAAAUUGAAAUCAAUGUCAAACUGUCUGGAGAUGUAUGACAGAAAAGGGUUUUCUAUCCAGACAAAACGAAAACUGUUUCUAGAGAAUAUCAACAAGUUUCUGUCUCCUCUAGUUUUGGAAGAGGGAUUUAUUUGUCCUUUGGAUCCAACCCUCCGAUGUAGUCGGAUAUCACUAAAAUCUUGCUCUAUCAUGAACUCAAAGAAGAUGCCGAUCAAACUGGUUUUUCAGCACUACGACUCCAGGUACCAAGGCAGACAGGAAAACCAGAAGUCAAGGGAGAGUGCCAGGAUGGUUGAAGGUAACCGGAGUAAGGAUGAAACUGUGGAAGAUGGAGAAAACGUCCCUAGCAAGAGGAUUUGUUUCAUGUAUAAAUGUGGCGAUGAUCUUAGACAAGAUUCUUUAGUUCUCAACAUAAUAAAGUUGAUGGAUGCUAUCUGGAAGCAAGGUGGUGUAGAUUACAAGAUGAACAGUUAUCAAUGCGUCCCAACCUCACACAAUGAAGGUUUGAUCGAGAUUGUUCCCCAGGCACAAACUAUCUGUCAGAUACAAAUGGAGGAGAGUUCUCAGGAUAGAUCAGGAGAUAGAGCAGCAUGGACUUUCAAGUAUACAGCAGUUUUCCAGAGGGAACUUUUAUACAGAUGGAUUUGUCGCCACAACCCGGAGAACUUAUCCAACGCUUUAGAGAACUUCAAGCUCUCCCUGGCCGGGUAUACAGUAGCCAUGUACGUUCUCGGCAUAGGAGACAGGCACAAUGAUAAUAUAAUGCUGCAAACCUGUGGAAAACUGUUCCACAUUGAUUUUGGGCACAUGGUCGGGAACUUUAAAUCCAAGAUGGGAAUUAACAGGGAACGAUCUCCUAUGAUUCUUCCUCCCAUGUUCCUUUUCGUUAUUGAGCAGAUUGGUCCGGAGCAGUUUCAAGUUUUUAGAAAUUUGUGUGAAAAAGGGUACCUGAUGCUGCGUGAGUGUGGAUCUUUAAUAGUUUCUCUUCUUGCGAUGAUGGUUUUUACAGGUUCAGGACUACCUGAUCUACAGAGUGUGGAGGAUCUAGAGUAUAUUAGACAUAGUCUUCAGCUUGAUGAUAAUAUUGAUGAUGAAGGUGCUCUGAAACACUUCAGGCAAGAGUUUGAUCUUUCACUGAAGGAGUCCUACACAACAACAAUAAACUGGUUUUCCCAUACCCUCAAACAAAUGUAAACAAUAACAAUAAAAUAUAAACAAUCAG